AGGUUGUGGCUGCACCGUGGUCCUUGGCUUGGUCCGUCUGUUCGUCUGUCGGUCUGUCCCGCCAUGGCUGCGCCGGCGCCCUCUCCGUGGACCCAAUUGCUGCUGCUGUUGCUGCUGCCGCCUCCGGGUGCCUAUGGUGAGCUAUGCAGGCCCUUCGGUGAAGACAAUUUGAUCCCAGAGUCCUGUCCUGAUUUCUGUUGUGGUUCCUGUUCCAACCAAUACUGCUGCUCUGACAUGCUGAAGAAAAUCCAGUGGAAUGAGGAAAUGUGUCCUGAGCCAGAGUCCAGCAGACUUUCCAGCCACCCGGAGGAGACACCGGAACAUCCAGGUUCAGCACUGAGGUUUCGAUCCAGUAUUGACAGUGACGACCCUAUGUCAGGGUUCGGAGCGACCGUUGCCAUCGGCGUGACCGUCUUUGUGGUGUUUAUUGCUACUAUCAUCAUAUGUUUUACCUGCUCCUGCUGCUGUCUGUAUAAGAUGUGCUGCCCCUCACGCCGCCCUGUCGUGACCAACACCACAACUACUACCGUGGUUCACACCCCUUACCCUCAGCCUCAGCCUGUGGCCCCCAGCUAUCCUGGACCAACAUACCAGGGCUACCAUCCCAUGCCCCCCCAGCCAGGAAUGCCAGCAGCACCUUACCCGACGCAGUACCCACCACCCUACCUGGCUCAGCCCGCAGGGCCGCCAGCCUAUCAUGAGUCCUUGGCUGGAGCCAGCCAGCCUCCAUACAACCCAGCCUACAUGGAUCCCCCAAAGGCCUGAGCCUGACCCUGUCCUCUUUGACUGCCAUUCUGUCAUGUGUGAGUGAUAUGCACAGUUCUUUACUGCUAUCUGUGGUGUGUGUGCCUUGUCUAGACAUGUGGCUUCCUCUGCUGUUGACCAGGUAGGCACAAAUCUUACCAGUGCAGGUCGGGACUAACCUGUUUUCUUCCUCACUUGAAAUUGUACUUUCUGAAAUUUCAAGUAAAUUAAAAACAAUAAGGAGGUAUUUCCCAUGUCACCCCAAGGUGACCAGACAUGGCCUGUCAGUCACACUUAGGAGAGCAAGCUUUUUGUGGGUACAUGUCCUGAUUUGGGGAGUAAUCGGCUAGCUGCUGCUAGGGGCUUAUUCCCGGGGCUUGGCUGCAUUUGCAGUGAGGCAGGUAGCUGGGCAGAGAACAAGGGGCCUCAGUGGCAGCAACUGAUGUUGAGGCACACCUGGCAGAGCCCCAUCCGUUCUCCUUCACUUGUCUGUCUGGACUGUCCCACUGUCUUUCCCAGGACUAUGUAGAGGCCACAUGUAUUCACUAUUCAGGCCCCAGUGGGGAAGCUUUCCUGCCUUUGCUGGCCUGGCUCCUGCUACGGGCCAGGGGCCUCUGUCUACUCUGUCACACUCUGGUUUCUCCUUGCACUGUCUUUUUACUGUUAGCCAAACAUUUUGCCUGUUUUCUGUCUCCAGAUGUGUGAUAACUGGUGUGAGGUUGAAAUCCCUGGUUCCCAGAGGACAGAUAACCUGACCUCUGACAGUCGGUUUCCCUUGACACCAGCUUUAUAGAAUACCUGACUCCUGUACCACAGUCCAGUUUGUCCCAGUGGCAGGGUACCGGGGCCAAGGGGUUAUCUGGACCAAAAGUGGGGGUGGAGGGCCUGGAUGGUAGCUCUGGCCCAGAUGUGAAUACCUCCAUAUUCCCUUUUGGCUCUUGUUCUACUGGCUGUUUUAGCUUUGUUUUGAUUGGUGUUUCUGAGCAUUCAGACUCUGUACCUUCGUUUAUAAUAAAAAUAAAGGCAACAUUUGGA